AUGCCUGCGCACGCGAUAAGAGCAGCAACGGACCGCGACGAUGGACUCGUCGAGUUCGCAGGCGAGACAAACAGUCCAUCCCGCGGUUCUCUAGCUUUAAACCUCCCCCGCCAGCUCCGGAGGCUGAUCGACCGACUGAUUGCCGUCACGAAAUAUCUCUACGAGACGACCGUGAUUGCCGCCGGUCACAGCCUAGUCAAAGUGACCGUCGAUCUCGCUCGCCACGGGGCUCUAAGCACAAUGACCGACAUCGAUCCUCGGACCGCUAUUCACACACAAAGCGAAGGCGUCGCAGUGACUCUCGAGAUCGGCGCAGAUCUAAAGAACGGCAACAAUCGCGCGACUACCUAUGACACUGGUGAACCUGACCUCUUCAUUAUCGACCGGAGAGGCGAUCGGCACAAUAUCACCUAUGGCGCCACACACCGGUAUGCCGUCCCCGCGUUUCGCCGGGCUGGUAGUGGACGAGUUAUUGGCAUAAACACGACAUAUAUGAUCGAUCGUGAACACCGAGACACCGACAGUUUGAUUUUGCGGAGCAGGGAGCAGGGACUCGCAGACGGGGCUAGAGUCAAAUCAACCAGGCUUAUGUCCAAAAGUUCCGCCCAGCCGACGCGGCUGUUUCGCUUACGACAGGAUAACACUGGCAAUGCGGCUCUUGAGCAUAUGCAAGACUUCAUAGAAUUCGAUUCUGCAUCGAAAACCAAUUUUAACGACAAUAAUGACUCUGGCGACGAGCGUCACGCUUACCGAUCGAUACAUGGAAAGGCAAAGGACGAAGAUGUCAUUCCGGGGGAGUUGGAAGCACUGCCUGAUCCCAAGUCUCUGGAACAAGAUAUAAUCGACAUUGAUGCGGACAGAAAGGCUCGCAAUGCCGAGCUAGCGCGCGCCAUAGAUUCCAAUCCUACGGACGUUGCAUCAUGGCUCAAACUGAUUGACCACCAGGAUAUGCUGAUCCUUGGUACGCGCGACGAGUCUCAUUCGUUUACCUAUGCCGAUCGACAAAGUUUAGCGGAAGUCAAGCUAUCUCUUUAUGAGAAGGCUCUCAAGAAGGUCGGGGAAAGUCAUCACAAGGAUCGUCUUCUCCUGGGCCGAUUGUACGAAGGUGCAAAAUCCUGGGAUGCCGACAAGCUUUUGGGUCAGUGGAAGGACACGCUGAAAAAGAACUCAGCGUUUAUCAGUCUGUGGGUCAAAUACCUCGAUUUUCGCCAGACGGAUUUCCGUGACUUUGCUUUCGAACAAUGCAUGUCAGUCUUUCUUGAGUGUCUGAGCCUCAAUGCAUCUAGCGCAGCAAGUCCCCACAAAAUCCAGGUUCAAUGUUACUUGUUUCUCCGGUUGACCCUUUUUGUUCGCGAAGCUGGCUAUGUUGAACUCGCCGUCGGUCUCUGGCAGGGUGUGUUGGAGUUUACCUGCUUCAUGCCGUCUUCUUUUGCUGAAAGUAACGACAAAGAAGGCGCUCUCUCCUCCUUCGCGCAGUUUUGGGAGUCAGAAGUGGCCAGAAUCGGAGAAGUCGGCGCGGUAGGCUGGCGAAACGCCGCAAGCUCCGAUGUUGUCCCAACAACCCAUGCAUACAAGACGAGAGUUGAAUCCACGGACCUUUUGACCUCCUGGGCUGCAGCCGAGAGGGAACGGGCAGUAGACUGUCAAAUGCCAUCGCGGAGUAUAGAUGAGUUCAAAACCGGCAUGGACGACCCAUAUACGGUAGUCCUCUUCUCGGAUUUGCAGAAUGUUCUGCCAUUCUUCUGGGGAUUGAACAACUUGGAUGAACUCAUUGACAGCUUCGUAUAUUUCUGUCAUUUGCCACAUUUGACCGUAACUCAGAAUGCCCCGACGACCCGGUUAUGGAGUGGAGACAAUUUCGUUCGAAAUGAAUUCGUGGACAAUACUCAAAAUAACCUGUCUCUCUGGAUCUCCUCGCAGUCGGAUAAUCCACAAUCUUCCAAGUCUCCUUUCUGCUUUCCGGUCCCCAACUUUAUCCAUACCACGGAUAUCAUGUUUGCAACACCAAAGAAGUGGUUUUCAUCAUUCCAGGCAUGGACGGAUGACAUAUCGAGCGAAUCAUCGAUCAUCAAUCAUGGCUGGGUGCGGCAGACCCUGCGCUCGUUGGCGGAACUAUACACGGCCGAUAGCGAAUUGGCUGAAUACGCCUUGGCAGUUGAUUUUGCCUGCGAUCGGGAAGCAGCCAAGAAAUUUGCAAAGCGGUUGUUGAGGACAAGAUCUUCGAACUUGAGACUCUACAACUGCUUUGCUCUGAUGCAGUCCCGUACUGGGGCCCAGUCGACUGCAGAUCAUGUAUGGUCCACUGCCCUGUCGAUGAGCAAAGAUUUCGAAGAUUAUGACAAAAUCGACUGCGGCCUUCUUUGGAACUCCUGGACGUGGGAAUUCCUUCAGUGCGAGGAUUUUGGACGAGCCUCAUAUGUCCUGCAUGCAAUGUUAUCACAAAAGAUUGAUCUCGCUCCGUUUUCGACGGCUCCUGAUCCCGUCCAGUUCAAUGCCACCAGCAAACUGCGCGUCCAAAAAAUAUUGCGCGAAUCCCAAGAGAAGGCUCUUGCCUACAGGAAACUUCAAGUCUAUGCUUCGUACACAGACUGUCUCGCCUUACUUCUUUAUAUCGUGGAAGGCUCUUUCGAGGCCUCCCUUGGUGUCUAUGCAUCAGCAGUCUUGAAACUUAGGGACCUACCUGUGCAGGAGGAGAGCACGAAAGCUUUUACCGCAGAGUUGAUACAUCAAUCCCGAGCAAGACUUAUUUAUUUCCAUGUUGAACGGCAAGGAAAGUUCAAGCCGGUCCAGAUCCACAACCUUCUCACAGAGAGCAUAUCACUCUUCCCUCAUAACACUCUCUUCCUCUCACUCUUUAUGUGGAAUGAAGCUCGCUUUCCAAUUUUCGAUCGGAUCCGGGACAUUCGUGCUCUCACCAAAAGUACAGACCCAGACAGUCGGUAUCGACUGGAUGGUGACUUCGGCCUACGGGGCAUCGCUUCUCAGAGUACACCGAUUUCCACUCAUCUCUUUUCCAUUUAUAAUGAACUUUGCCGUCCAGUAUUCACUGGCGGCACUGCCCACUCCACUCGAGCCGCGUUCGAGAAAGCAAUUGGCGAGCAUUCAGCCUUAGCUUCAAUAAAACCGGGUGACAAGGAUACGCACCACAGCUUCGACGUCGACAGUGCACGAUCAAAUAUUACUAUCUGGAAGCUUUACAUCCUCUUUGAGCUCCAUCAAACUCGGGACAUCAAUUCUGCGAAAGCCGUGUUUUAUCGAGCCAUCCGUGCCUGCCCCUGGUCCAAAGAGCUUCUCAUGCUCGCCUUCGAGCAACUUCGAGAUGACCUGGUCCAACGUGAUCCCAAAUUCCGCGACAGGAAGCGGUCGAAGCACACCGGCUUUGAAUUUGAUGAUCUCUGUCAGAUAUAUAAUGUUUUCAUUGAGAAGCAACUGCGGAUCCAUGUGAACAUUCAAAACGAUAUUCUUGAUGUUCUCGCUCAGCGACGUGGCGCUGCGGAAGUACCCGAAGAUUCUCCAUGA